AUGGCUACAGAUAAUACUCAUCGACAGAAGACGCAACCCUUGGGUGCAGAGGAGCAGCAUGGGUCAUGCAAGAGACUGGUGUCCUUUGAGGAUGUGACUGUGGACUUCAGCCAGGAGGAGUGGCAGCACCUGGGCCCCGCCCAGAGACGCCUGUACCAGGAGGUCAUGCUGGAGAUCUACGGCCACCUGCAAAAAACUCUAUCCUUCUCAUUGACAGGAUAUCCCAUUCCCAGCCCCGGAAUCAUAUUUAGGAUGGAAAAAGGAAAGGAGGCACAGGCAGGAAAGGCUGAAUUCCCAGGCCAGCGGUGUCAAGAAAAAUCAGGAAUUGAUACCUCACCACAGAAAGUGUCUGAGAAAGCAUCAGUUCUUAGCAAUAUGACAAGUGAAGUCACAAGAGAUGGCUCAUGGUGUCCCUUUUUACAAGAACUGUGGCAGGAUGCUGACAUCACAAAAAGAGAUCAGCAAAACCAGGUUCUGCCCUUCCCUCCUCGUGCUCUCCUCAAGAACACUCUGAGCACAGAUAGUGAUCACGAGCAUCAAAAGUCUGGGGAAACCAUUCCCGUAGGACGACCCUACCUCAUUUCUACACAGGGCAGUCUUCCACGGUACUGCUCCCUUCCAAAAAGUUUGGAGCUAAACCCAGGAGCAGAUGGUCAGAAUGAAAGUAGAGUCACAGAGCAGCUUAUCAGCAUUGUCGCAUCCGGUCAGCUCCUCAUACAAGGCUCUUGUAGCACUAACUGUGUGGUAACUCAAGGCGGAGUAGAGUCAUGCAGAGGCGCUGGGAAUGGAAAAGUUCUCAGCCACAACCAAGCACUGACUCAUGGAAACCAUUCUCAGGAGAAAGCAGACGAAGGUUCUCAGGGUGGGGAGGUACUCUACGCCAUAUCUUUGCGGAAACCUGCCAUCACUCUCACUGUGGACAGACCGGUUGUUUCCUACAGUGGUGGGAAGGCCUUUCUUUAUGUGUCGGAUUCGUUGAGUUAUCCAUGCCAGCUGAAGGUGGAUCGUGUGGGUCACUGUGGGGGGCAGCUUUACAGAUGCAGCCGCUGUGAGAAGUCCUUCUGUGCUAAGGCUGCACUCCUAGAGCACGAGCAAGCGCACAGAGAGGAGAAGCCUUACGUGUGUACUCUGUGUGGGAAAGCCCUCAGCGACAGGUCAGCGUUCUAUGAACAUGAACUGAUUCACAAGAAUCACACUCCUUUUAUCUGUGACAAAUGUGGGAAGGCCUUCUUACGUAAGUCAGAGUUGACAUCCCAUAAACAAAGCCACAACGGAGAGAAGCCUUACAAAUGCAAUGACUGUGGGAAAUCGUUUAAGUUUCCAUCCCAACUGAAGGUGCAUCGUCAGAUUCACACAGGCGAGAAGCCUUAUGCAUGCCGCGAAUGUGGAAAGUCAUUCAGCAAAACCGCUAAACUCAAGGUGCAUCAACGGAUUCACACGGGGGAGAAACCUUACGUGUGUUCUCAGUGUGGAAAGGCCUUCAAUCAGAAAUCAAUACUAGACCGGCACGAAAAACUUCACCCUGGGGAGAAGCCUUACAAAUGCAACGACUGUGGGAAGUCAUUUAAUUAUCCAUCCCAGCUGAAGGUGCACUGCCACAGUCACACCGGGGAGAAGCCUUACAAGUGCCAUGAGUGCGGGAAGUCAUUUAAUUUCCCAUGCGAACUGAAGGUACAUUAUCAGAAUCACACGGGACAGAAGCCUUACAAAUGCCGAGAAUGUUGGAAACUGUUCAGUAAAAUGUCCCAACUGAAGGCACAUUACCGAGUUCACACAGGGGAGAAACCUUAUAACUGCAGCCACUGUGGAAAAGCCUUCUCCACUAAGGAGCAAGUCCAGGAGCAUGAGCGAAUCCACACAGGAGAGCGGCCCUUUGUGUGCACUGAGUGUGGGAAAGCCUUCAGUAGCCGGUCAUCUUUUCGUAAACAUCAGUUAAUUCACACUAAAGAGAGACCUUUUGUCCCUCAGAAAUGUGAAUCAGGCCUACAGGAGUCUGCUUUGGCACCCCUUCAGCAGCUUCAUAUUGGGGAGAAGCCUUACAAAUGCCCUGACUGCGGGAAGUUGUUUAAUUAUCCAUCCCAACUGAAGUCCCAUUAUCAAAUCCACACGGGGGAGAAGCCUUGUAAAUGUCCAGACUGUGGGAAAUCGUUCAGUAAAACAUCUCAGCUGAAGGCACAUUCCCGAAUACACACAGGGGAGAGGCCUUAUGUGUGCUCUGUGUGUGGGAAGGCCUUCAAACAGUUGUCAACCCUGAGCAGACAUGAAAAGAUUCACCUGGUGGAGAAACCUUACAAAUGCAGUUUCUGUGGGAAGUCAUUUUGCUCCCCGUCUGAGCUGAAGGUGCAUCUUCUCAUUCACACCGGGGAGAGACCGUACAAAUGCGGCAACUGUUGGAAAGCCUUUUGUACUAAAGUCCAGCUGCAGGAGCAUGAGCGGAUCCACACAGGGGAGAGGCCUUAUGUGUGCGCUCACUGUGGAAAGGACUUUCGAAGCCGGUCAGUGUUCUCUAAACAUAAGUUGAUUCAUAGGAAGGAAGCACCGUUUGUCUGUGAGAGAUGUGGGAAAGUGUUCUUACAGAAGGCAGAGCUGACGGCGCAUCUGCAAACUCACAUUGAAGACAAACUGUAGGAGUGUCAGGACUGAAGAAUGCUUUAGUCAGAUACAUCAC